AGCAGCUCGAAAAGAAUGGCCGAGGACUGGGACCUUUACGCCAUCGUGAGGAGCUGUACGUCGGCCGCCGCCAAUAGCAGCAGAGACGCGGCAGUGGAAAGCAACAACAACAACAAUGAGAAUUGCGGCAGUUUUCGUGAGGAUCCUCUGGCCUGCUUGGCGUCGUUGACGUUUGAGGAAGAAGACGAUCCGUUUACAUUUAAAAGUGGUUCGUUGCAUGAUUCUUACAAACCCUUUUUGCCGAACGUCGACCCCACCACUAUAAUCGCCACUAAUCGAGGCAUAGAUCCAUGUUCUUCGAGUUCUGUCCAUGGACAACUUAAUCAGUAUCAUGAACAGCCCACAACCACCUCCACCGCUGCUGCAGUUGGAAUUGGCUCCCUGUUGACUCUCAGUUCCCCUAGUAUUCUAGCUUUCAGCGGUUUCCGAAAUCAGCAACAAUUCCCACAGUCGGAGCAGCAGCAGCUUCAACAACGAGUUCAACCACCGGCUCAGAAUCCAAGAUCAAGAAAGAGGAAGAACCAGUUGAAGAGAAACGUAUGCCAUGUAAAAGCAUAUAACUUGUCAUCGGAUCCUUGGGCAUGGCGUAAAUACGGGCAGAAACCCAUCAAAGGCUCUCCUUAUCCAAGGAACUACUACAGGUGCAGCAGUUCAAAAGGGUGUUCAGCGAGGAAACAAGUGGAGCGUAGCAAUACGGAUCCCAACAUCUUUAUCGUAACAUACACCGGCGAACACACGCACCCUAAGCCGACUCAUCGGAAUUCUCUUGCCGGAAGCACUCGAAACAAGGUUUCAACUCCAACUGUUCAAAAGGCCGCCAUCGUCAAAGAUUCCGCUGUUGAAACUAUGCCUAUCACCACUCCUUGCUCCUCUCCUCGCUCCGGCAACAACCUAUCCCCCAUAUCUCCCACGACCCCACUUUCGGCACCUGAAGAAGCCGCCGCAUCUCUGCAAAACGCCGGCGAAGAUGAAAGCGUCGACAUGGCUUUUGAAACGACACUGGGUGGGGAAAGCAACGACGAGGUUGAUCUUUUGAUCCCCAACGUGCAUGUAGAUGAAGAUCUUUUUAAAGGGUUUGAAGAACUUGUUGGAAGUGGUAGUGGUAGAGUAGGACGAAGCCCGAACUUUGGUGAUAACUUCUCAUCUUGGAGUUCCGUUCACUCUGCUGCAACCGGCGCCGCCGCCAGCGGUGGCUGUUAGAAAUUUUUUAUAUCUAUUAUUGUCAUUUUUUUGUAUACUACGUAAUAUAUUUUUUGGGGAGAGGGUUGGGUACAAA